AUGCGUCUCAUUGGAAACCUUUACGAUGCUCAAGAAUGGUCAGGCUCUCUUCAAACCGGGGUCGAAUCCCGCAUCUCCCGGCUCCCUUCUUCAGACCCAGUCCAGGUCCAAUGUAGACUAUUAUACUCGAUCGCUUUAUUCUGGAGUAGCCACACUACUAGAGCCAGAGAGGAACUAGAAAUUGCAAUUGAUGUGGCUCUAGAACUGGGUAUGCACAAGAAAGAGUUCGCUUCUACUUGUGGAGCCGGGGACGUCGUCCUCAUGGAGUCUUGGAGACGAACUUGGUGGAUGUUGUACAUCGUGGAUGCAUAUUAUGCUGGCACUCUAGGGACGAUGAACUUGAAGGCAUUUCACAUUGAAACAACAGUGUCCCUACCGUGUGAGGAAGGCGAAUAUGAGUCAGGUUGUAUCCCGGAGCCUCGCACGAUCGAAGACUUCGAGUCUCGUGAGUUUGCAGAGUAUGAUAUGCAAUUCUCGUCGUUCGCAUAUCUAAUUGGUGCCGUGCGUGCUGCAGCAUUGGCAAUUUCCGUUACUCCGAAAAAGGUAAAGAGACAAGACUCGGAGCAAGUGAUACAGGCCGCAGACUCUGUUAUCGAUGCCUGGCUCUUACUUUUGCCUAAGGAACGAAAGGUCAUGAGGAACGAUGGUAGUAUUGACGAGUUGAUGUUUCAAGCCAAUUUGCUUGUUCAUGUCGCAACUAUCGGUCUACAUCGCCCGUUAUCAGACCUCAGAUUCAAUCCUAUUGAGAACAUGUCAAGUUGCGCUAGAGAAGCACCCACAGACACGCCCCGACCAGAUCUUAUCAAUGUUCACACGAUGCGGAUUCUCAAGUCGAUCGAUGCACAAAUACAGCUCUUGGCUCUCCCAGUUCGUCCGUUCCGCCACACCCCUUUUGCGACCUGCAUGGUCAGCGAAGGCACACUUUCACUUCUAUCAGCGUGCAAGUAUCUCCUGAAAGACAAGGAGCUGGCGAUAGCACGAGACCAGAUUAGACUUACAAUCGGAUGUCUAAAAAGCCUCGGUGAAAUCUGGACUCGAACGGCAAAGAACGUCAAAGAGAUCCAGACCAUCGCUCGUCAUGUACUUGUUUUGGAAAAGAAAAGCACUGUACCUGGGUCUAGCGAGCUUCCGAGUUUGACGGGAAGUGAUGGAGGAGCUAGUAGCCGGUCUACAGAUGCAUUGGCACAGGAAGGCGAUGCCCUUGCUUCUUUGGAGUCUCUGACAGAUAUCUGUGGGUGGAUCAACAUGGGUUCAGAAUUUAAUUACGACUGGAUGGGUGAAGAUAUGAGUUGA